AUGUCCCAAAAUAUCACUUCAAAACUCCUCCAUCUGUGGUCCCACGGUUCAAACUGGAUCAUCGAUCUCGUACCAUUGAAAAAUAAUACCCUUGUUGCUGCCUCGUUAUCCAAUGGGGAAAUCCAUAUCUAUUCUCUUUCCCUGUCUCUGUCGUUCCCAUCCUCGGCGAAACUCGUAAUAAAAGCCCAUGCAAACUGCAUCGCCAAACUAAUAGCCAUUGACGAUUCCACCAUCGCUACGUGCAGUACCGACGCCGUCAAAGUAUGGAACAUCGAUUCUCCAACCCCUCAACUGCCAAGCUACGAACUCUCCGAUCCUAAGGGCAUUGCGUUCUUAUCUUUGGCAUACUCACCGUUGUCGGGAUACUUGGCAGCCGGCACUGAAUUGAAAUCUAGUGAUGCCCAUAUUCAUCUUUGGGAUUUGAAUAACCAGGGCAAGUUGGUACGGUCGUUGGUAGAAACCCAGCACGACGAUGUCACUGCUCUUGCCUUCCAUCCAACAAACAAGAAAUUGUUGCUCUCAGGGUCCACCGAUGGCUGUAUCAACGUCUUUGAUCUUUCGCAAGAACUAGAAGACGAUUGUCUUUACCAAGUGGUGGAAUUUGCAUCGAUCCAUUCGGCAGGGUGGUUGACCAGUACCAGAAUCUUUGGAUUAACCCAUAUGGAGACAUUUGGGGUGGCGGAAUUGAACGACAUGACGGUGGAAGCGGCAAUCGAGCCAAAACCCCUCGAGUUUGGGGAUAUUAGAGAAAAAUGGGGUUGCGAAUACGUGGUGGAUUUGUACGUCGAGUCUUCUUCCAAAGGUCGAGGAUACGUGGCAUGCGGGUCGAUCAAUGAUAAAAAUCAGGUGAAACUCGUGAGGUUUGCCAAAGAAAAAUUGAAGAUGUCGAAAUCGGUGAUAAUUGACCGCCCACACGGCGAAGAAAUUGCGCGUUGUGUAUUGGUAAGUGCUAAACAUCCUAACUUGGUAUUUACCGGGGGUGAAGAUGGUAAAAUCAAUGUGUGGGAAAUGAGCUCUCCAUUGACUGAAGUAUUGAAAUUGGCAGCUGAUCAAAAUGAAGAGGCUGAUGUCGAAAUGGACGAUUCUGAAAAGAAGAAUAAAAACCAUAAAAUUCAAGAGCACAAGAAGAACAAGAAAAGACAUGGUAAAGAAAAGACAAAGAUCAAGAAACAAAAGUUUAGUCCAUAUUAG